AGGAGAUCAAAACUUUUGCUUGUUCUUCGGUCUCUUGCUCCAACCAUCCUUCGAAAUCAUGGCUGAAUUAGCACUAACAGCUGCCAGUCCUGUUGUCGGAGCGGUGCUGAAGAAGUUGGCAUCCGGGUUAUGGAGGGAGCUGGGACUGAUGAGAAGUGUUUACACCGACUUGGAGAAGCUGCAGCGCAUGCUAUCAACGAUCCAGUAUGUGCUCGAUGAUGCAGAGCGAAAAUCCAUCACUAGCAAACCUCUGCAAGGUUGGCUGAGGAAGCUUAAGGAUGCAGCUCUCGAUGCAGAAGAUGUGGUGGAAGAGUGCGAGGCUGAAGCGCUGCGGCGAAGAAUGGAGAGACAUGACCGCAUGACUGGAAAGGUGCGUGACUUCUGUUCCGUAAACAAUAAUCCAAUUGCAUUUCGAUAUAAGAUAGCCGGCAAGAUAAGAGAGAUGAGGGAGAGAUUUGAUGAAAUUACAAAGGAGAACAAGAAUUUUAAUUUGAUGGGGAAAUCUGACUCAGAUAGGCCUGUCGACCGUGAAACCUUUUCAUCCGUGAUUGAAUCUGAAAUUUAUGGAAGAGAUGAUGACAAAAAGGAGGUCAUAGAAUUCUUAGUUGACAAAGACAAUGAUAAAAAUAUCUCCAUCCUCCCAAUAGUUGGCCUUGGUGGUGUCGGAAAGACCACUCUUGCUCAAUUAGUCUAUAAUGAUGACAAGAUUAAGGAGAAAUUUGAGCUUCGAAUGUGGGUGUGUGUGGGCGAAAAUUUUGAUGUAAAGAUGGUCAUGCAGAAAAUGAUCGAACAAGUCAAAGAAGAACAAAGAAAUUCCUCAAGUUUAGAAACCAUGUCAACUUGCUUGCAAGAAAAAAUGAGUGCAAAAAGAGUUCUUUUGGUUCUAGAUGAUUUAUGGACUGAUCGGGAAUCGGAGUGGGAUAAAAUAGAACCUUUGUUCAGACAUGCCCAAUUAGGAAGCAAGAUCAUAGCAACGACACGCAUUGAAAGUGUUGCUCUUGCUGCAUCUACAAUCGGAGCCGUCUCGGUACAUAAACUGCAAGGGUUACAAGAUGAUGAUUGUUGGACUCUGUUCGAGCAAAGGGCAUAUAGGUUUGUAAAAGAAGAAGAGAAUGCAGAAUUGGUGGAAAUUGGAAGGGAGAUCCUUAAAAAGUGUGGAGGUUUGCCUUUAGCAGCAAAGGCUCUUGGAAGUCUGAUGAGCACUAAAAGAGGGAAGGCCGAGUGGCUAGCUAUCCAAAACAAUGAGAUUUGGAAGUUAUCUGAAGAUGAGAUUGGAAUUCUUCCUGCACUAAAGUUGAGUUAUGAUCAUUUACCUUCUCACUUGAAGCGGUGUUUCACUUACUGUUCUGUGUUCCCGAAAAAUUAUGAAUUUGACAUAAAGAGAUUGAUUCAACUGUGGAUGGCUGAAGGACUCAUUGAUUCAUCAGAUACUUCUCAAAAUGCAGAGGACAUUGGCAAGCAAUACUUCAAUAGUCUAUUAUGGAAAGAUGUUCAAUGGGAUAGGUACAAUAACAUAUACAGAUGCAAGAUGCAUGAUUUAGUCCAUGAUCUUGCAUGUUCCCUCACAAAGGGUGAAUCUUUGGUCAUGGAAAUGGGCAGGGAAAAUAAAAUCAUUCCACAUGAAUGUCGCUAUUUAUCUGUUGUGGUUGAUGAUGAUGUGUCAUCCAUAACUUCUAUUUCUGAAGCGAAAAAGUUGAGAUUUCUUUUGUUGCGGCGGCAGUGGUGGUGGUAUUUUGCACCUUAUGGUGAUGAUGAAAUUUUCUUCAAUAUAACUGAAAAAUUCACUCAAAUACGUGCAUUGGACUUGAGUUGGAGUGGAAUUGAGGAGUUGCCUGAUACAAUGAGCAGAUUAAAGCAGCUACGGUUUCUUGACCUAUCAGGUACUAAUAUCACAACAUUACCUACCUCGAUCACCAGACUUUACAAUUUGCAGACAUUGAACCUACGAGGAUGCGAGCGACUACGGGAGUUGCCUGAAGGCAUAAGCAACCUAAGCAACCUCAGAGGUCUAGAUAUAUCAGCUUGCUACUGCUUGUCUUGCAUGCCUCGUUACUUGGGCCGGUUGAGUAAACUUGAGAUACUGCCGAAGUUUAUUGUUGGUCGGGAGAAUGGGCGUACCAUCGUGGAGCUGCAACAUCUAAACUCUAUUCGCGGUGAGUUGGAAAUUACAAAUCUGCAUAAUGUGAAGGAUGCGAAUGAGGCUAUGCAAGCAAAUCUAGUGGCAAAGAGCAAAUUGAAUUAUCUGAAGCUUCAAUGGAACAAAAAUUUGGAUGAGGCACAGGAACUAUCAUCUACUGAAGCAGACGUGGCAGCGGGUGUAUUCGAAAGGCUCCAACCUCCUUAUAAUCUAAAGAAGUUGCAUAUAUCUUAUUAUACCGGCAUCAGAUUACCCAAUUGGAUGGCAAGGACAAUUCUGCCAGAUGGCCUGGGGCACCUCACUGCACUCCAGUAUCUGCACAUCGACAGCUGCCCCCAGCUGGCAGUGCUGCCAGAUGGCUUGCAAAAUCUCACUGCACUCCAGAAGUUGUAUAUCUCCGACUGCCCCCAGCUGGCAGUGCUGCCAGAUGGCCUGGGGCACCUCACUGCACUCCAAGAUCUGUACAUCGAAAACUGCCCCAAGCUGGCAAUGCUGCCAGAUGGCCUGCAAAACCUCACUGCACUCCAGAUGUUGGAUAUCUCUGACUGCCCCCAGUUGGCGAGGCGUUGCAAGAGGGAGACAGGCGAGGACUGGCGCAAGAUUGCUCACAUCCCAGACAUCUGGAUCCCGGCGAACGAAGAUGGAGAAGAAAGCUGCAAGCCAUCAUCUACCUUUGCAACGAAAUUUCUUAGUCAAUUUGGUUGUGCACGCUGCCCGAGCUAUAGCUGAGGUGCCAUCUAAUUUGGGUCUUCCUCGGCUGCUGCUUUGGUUCGAGAAUCUCAGCUGUCAUCAACUUUAAGGACCUUGGGGAUCAUGCCAAUCCACCUUUAAAGCCUCACAUAUCUCCAAAGCCUGCAAAUUUUUUAUUGCCUCUGGAGAGAUGAUGUCAAAAUGGUGGAGUCAGAAAUUAGUACCAGAGUGCUUGCUUUCCAUUCCUAAACAAAAGAUAUCCACGUUUGCUUCUAUUUCUAUUUAUUUGGUCUUUUGUCUUGUGUUGUUUAUUGUCAUUACUAUGAAUAAUGUCACAUUUUCUUUUUUGCCUCUUCUACUUUUUAUUUUUAAAAUGCAGCAGGGUUCUAUUUGUAUAUAUCACUCAAAUUAUACUGUCGCUACGCCAUGUAAGAUUUUUGACGUCCCCUUGUUUUUUGCUUUGACGUUUAUCAAUUUGUCAAACGGGAAUCCCCGCUGUUCCUUUGGAUUGUAUUCCAAGAACAAAGACAUUCAAAAGAUUGUUGUUCUUUUAUGAACAGCAUAGCACU